AUGUCCGGUCUACCGCCAGAUGCUCCUCCGCCCAGUACUCCGCCUCUGCUGCCUAUACCUAUGCUUGACUUCCGUUGGGUGCAUGCUGGCGCUCAACACCUCGACCUCCUGCCCACUCCUAUCACUGCCGCUUCGACAACAUACAAACCUUUCUCAUUGAGUGAAUCAGUCAGAAUUGAAGAGCGAUGGAGGGAGAUGGCGGAUACUGAAAAGCUUGCUGUGAUCAGAGAGUGGGGAAGCACUGAAGGUGAAGGUGCGCCUGCUCGUACCAAGAGCAAGGAGAAGGAUAUAGCAAGGAGGGACAGUAUUACCAGCAAUCACUCUGCUGCAUCAUCCGCAGCUCAUCCAGUCGAUGAAAAAGUGAAGGAGAAGAGGAACAACGAGCAAACACCAAGCAAGGAGUAUAUACAAUCGGGUCAGGAGCAGAACAUACCGGAAGAAGAACCGGGUGAUAGUAUAGAACAGAAGUACAAGGAUGUUGUCAGCAAAGUGCAGAAAGAUUACGUGGACUUUGAGGUCAUUCAAGGGGUUCCCGUGAGCCAAGACUCACUGUUUGAGGUGUCCUUGCCGACCCUCUCACUGCAUCCAGUCUUUUGGGCACAUACUGGCUCAAGAGUACCGGUGCUCAGGGGAACGUGGUUUGUCGAAAGUGAAACCCGCCCGUGCUCCUGGGAACUGGCGGAGGAGAUAGAGAAAGCUUAUCUCGAAAUACAGCCAUGGCAGCCUUCGUACAAGCAUGAGCUAGCCACUGCCAUGUCGCUUGGCACCGCAGGAGAAGAAAAGCUCAAGUACACUUUGCCGUCAAAAUUUGGACAAGGUUUAGGGAUUAUCUUCGAAGAUGGAGAGAAGGGUCGUUUGAUAACUACCGGUACUCUCACUUACCUCACCCGUGCAUUCUGGGCAUCUCUGCGAGCCAAGCCAUCCGGCACAUACGUCUAUCGUGGUUACGGUCCUGCUGCGAUUGCAUCGGGCAAGAACAAAGGAGAUGCAUCUCCCGGAAGGAGCAGACCUUUAUCUCGUCGGGGUAGUGCCAGCAGUCAGCGCUCCGGCGUUGCCGAUAAAUCGCCUUCAAUGCAUCACCGAGCGUUGUCAAAAGAUAGGAGUUCGAAGGAAGGAAAGAAUGAAAAGAAGCUGGAGACCGUUGUCGGUGCUGCCGUGAAAGGCUUAGGCCUUACAGCUGGAGAGACAUUGAGUGGAGUGAAAAAGGGAUUAGAAGAUCUAAAAGAUGAAGAGAAACGUAAUCGACCAGUCGGAUUCUCUGCCGAUACGAGGAAUGCGAUAGAGGAGGAAAACGCACCUGUAGUGGACUCUGAAGAGGAUGCCUCGCCAUGUACAGAUCUUCUACUCGUGAUUCACGGUAUAGGUCAGCAAUUAGCAACACAAUACGAGGCUUAUAAUUUUGUCUACGCUGGCAACCAGUUGCGACAGGUGUUGAGAAAGCAAUCUGCCAAUCCAGCUCUUGCAUCUAUUAUUCGUGACCGCCGGUGUCAGAUUCUUCCUGUACAAUGGCGUACGUCGAUAGAUCUUAGUGAUGAGAAGACUGAGGAGGACAGGGCUCACGGCAUGGACAAUCAAUUUACUAUUUCCGACAUUACAAUGAACAAAUCGAUACCAUAUGUACGAGAGUUGACUAACGCAGUCCUGCUUGAUAUACCUCUUUACAUGUCGCAUCAUCGCCAGAAAAUGAUUGAAGCGGUAUGCAUGCAAGCGAAUAAACUCUAUCGCUUGUGGGUUGCGCGAAAUCCCGAUUUUGAAAAGCAUGGACGCAUUCAUAUUAUCGGUCAUUCGCUUGGCUCUGCUCUGGCUGCACAAAUCCUUUCUAAUCAACCUACCAAAAUGCCCUCCUUAUCCCAAUUACCUAAGCAAGUCAUAACGCAAACGCGUGAUAGAUUCCUGUUCAACACCAGCAAUUUGUUCUUGUGCGGCAGCCCAUUGGGAAUCUUCCUUCAUCUGGAGCAAGCACAACUUAUGCCCAGAAAGGGUAGGGAAAGGACUAUGCAUUCUCCACAGGACGAAGCACUCGAUCGGGCUGGUAAAUAUGGCUGUUUAGCCAUAGACUCCCUGUACAACAUCUUCUAUUUCACUGAUCCUGUAGCCUAUCAACUCAACGCUGCGGUCGAUGUGAAACUGGCUGCUCGGCGACCGCCUCUUGCUAUUACGUCCGUCACUGCGCCAUUUUAUGCUCCUGUCACCGAUGGCUUCACUACGAUAUCUAGAUAUCUCCCAUCCUAUCUUGGUGGAGGGACGGGCGAGAAGAAACCUGUCCGACCAGGUGUGAUCCGUCUUCCGAGUGGCAUCGAGAUGUCUGGGCCCAGUGGUGAAGAAAGACUAGAGGGCACAAGGGGUGAACGACGAUUUUCGGCACUGAAUUCUCAUGGUAAUGUGGACUUUUAUUUGCCCUCUGCCGGUGUAAGCGAAUACCUGGAUAUGAUAACGGCUCAUCUGUCCUACUGGACUGACGCUUCUUUCGCUGCGUUCCUGCUUGCUGAGAUCUUCUCUACCCGUCUUGACUUGAUGCGUACAGGUAUGGGUUUAGCUGAACAGGUGAUGCCCGAAGGGACCGCUUUGUAG